AUUUUCGUUUGUACAUGCACAAGAACUGCAACUGGGUUCUGGAAGGCUAUUACCAACUGGGUGAACGGAUUGCGGACCACAAAACCCGAGAGCUUGACUACAAGGUGUGGACUAACGAGGGCAAGAUCUAGCGUAUGAUCAAGAAUCGAAGCACACUGACACAAGAAAAUUAGCUAAUCAAACCUUAGGUGUAUUGAAAGAAGCGGCAAAACAGGAUUCCGAGCUUAAUAAGAAAAUUGAAGACCUAAUAAAGAAAUAAACAUGAAUGACAAAAACACAGUGUUAGAGAGACUAAGCAGAAGAGAUGCACAAAGACUGGAAAAGCUUCACAAGGCACACAAGGCUAGAGAAGAAGUUGAUGCCUGUAACGAAAAUGAAGAAUAUUUCUCUGGAGCAUUCAAAAUAAAAUCAGAGUACAUUGAAGACUUGCUCUCCCAAGUACCCACAUUAGAAAUUAAAACUCUCCCAUCUCACUUUGACAAUAUUAAGAAAGAAGUAAAUGAGCUACAAAAAUAUGUAAUCACGUCAGCUUUGUUCUUGAAGGAGUUUAACAUGCGCAAAUAUUUAGGAAUAGUUCAAAAUCUACAAACAAAAUGCUAUGAGUUAGAAGACAGAUAUGUACCAAGAAAAAAAUUUGGUUUUACUAGAAAGAAGUUGCCUAGAUCGGAUAAUCAAAAGCAGAACUUGGCGGAUGAACAUGAUGGCGCAGGAAAGACAGAGAGCAACAAAUGGGACGAAAAACUUUUUGGAUUUGAUCUAAAGGAAAAUGAAAUAUUGGCAUUGCAAAAUGAUGAACUAUUUCAAAGGGACGUGACAUUGCGCAAUCUGAAAAAUUGCACAGUUAGUUUAAAGGGUGUCAUGGGCACACUGCACAUGAAUAACCUGGACAACUGCGUUAUUCUUUCUGGCCCCGUAACUUCCUCCGUUUUUUUAGAGAAAUGUACAAACUGCAAGAUUGUUGUGGCAUGCCAGCAGCUGAGAAUGCACACCUCAACAAAAUGUGAUAUCUAUUUGCAUGUGACAAGUAAAGGUAUUGUAGAAGACUGCACAGAGAUUAGGACAUCACCAUAUAACUUGAAGUAUGAUGAUUUAGAGAAGCAUUUUAACAUGUCAUUGUUAGAUAAGAAGAGCAAUAAUUGGAACUGUCUAGAUGACUUCAACUGGCUCGCUCCUGAUAUCCCUUCCCCCAAUUGGUCUAUUUUAGAUGUUUCUGAUCGAGUCAACGAUUGGAAUGUAUACUGGUCAAAAACUCCUUGAAGAUAAUUAAAGAAAAAAAAACUGGUAUUUAAUUUAAUAUUUGUACUAAUCAAGACUCAAACAUUCCGAAUGGGAGUUGCAAUUAAGCUUCAACACUAAAUAAAAUUCUAAUAAUUAAUAAUUUAUUAACCUUCCGGAAAUAAUUCGGUCUCAAGGCAUUAAAAAUUUUAUUGAAUUAUUUAUCCCUAAAAUACAUGUAAAACCUGUAGUUUGAUAUGGAAGACUAAUAAAAUUGGAAUUUGUUAUAAUAAUUACUUAAAAUCUUUGUCUAACUGCUUAGUUAAUCUACAUUAAUAUAGAUAGUACUUGUUAGAUUGGAAAACAAUUUAUGUAAUAAAGCAUUUUAUCACA